CUAUUAGUUGUGGAUUAAAGGCGGAUGAUCGCUGCCUCAGUGAAACGGACCGUUCUGUCCACAGCUAUCCACUUCCACUCCCACUAUAUCAUCCCACCACAUGCCAAGAACAUUAACUGCUGAAUAGGGGAAAACAGAAAAAAAAAAGGAACAUUUGAAAAUUAGUCAGAAAGGCAGACAUCAUGGAAACUAUUUCAGCAGGGAAUGUAGGAAAACAGGAUCAUGCGGUAGGGAGCUGACUAACUCACAGACAUGUACUGCGGCUCGGCACCCGCGCGUGUAGGAGAUCUGAGGGCCAGGAGACACAGCCUCACAAAGAUGGUGGAGAUUUCAGGAGAACAAGGGCCUCUAGGAAUACACGUGGUGCCGUACUGUUCCUCUCUCAGCGGAAGGGCUCUGGGCCUGCACAUUCGAGGCGUGGAGGAGAACAGUCGCUCCAAAAGGGAAGGCAUCUUUCAUGACGAUGAGUGUAUCGUUAAAAUUAAUGAUGCUGAAUUAUUGGACAAAUCCUUUUCACAAGCACAGGAAAUAUUCCGUCAAGCCAUGCGUUCACCCAUCGUUCGUUUAGAAGUUGUUCCAGUUUUUAAUAAAGAACGCUUUGAGAAGACUGUGAUCGGGCACCUCUUCAACUCCGAAAACCCUGAUGCAUCCACACGGACCAAAGACCCUCCGCCGCUGAAGGUGAAGCCCACGGUGAGGCCUGUGGAGUCUUCCUCAGGAUGGCAAGCCGAGAUUCAGGAGUCCAGCAGCAGUCCCGAGAGUCGCUCUCUGGGAUCUCCAUUACCCCUCAGCCUCUCUCCCACCCCCAGAGGCAAGAGUGCCGAAAGCCCCCUCCCAAAAAACAGCUUGGGACCCUCACCUCUUCAAAUCCAAAACAAAAAGGGUGGAAAGAGACUCAGAAUCGACCUUAAGAAAGGUCCUGAAGGUCUGGGCUUCACCGUUGUGACCAGAGAUUCUUCAGUGCACGGGCCCGGCCCCAUCCUCGUCAAAAACAUCUUACCAAGAGGAGCUGCUGUCAAAGAUGGCCGCCUGCAGUCAGGUGACAGGAUACUAGAAGUGAACGGUGUGGACAUUACAGGCCGCUCUCAGGAGGAACUGGUGGCCAUGUUACGCAGUACUAAGCAUGGGGACAGUGUGUGUCUUGUUGUGGCCAGACAGGAAGACAUGUUCCUUCCACGUGAGCUGAAAGAGGAGCAGGCCCGCUUGCUGCUGUCUGAGGAAGGAAAGGAGCAGCUGAUGUUUGAGGUCCCCCUCAAUGACUCGGGCUCAGCUGGGUUAGGGGUCAGCCUGAAAGGUAAUAAGUCCCGUGAGACCGGCGAGGACCUGGGCAUCUUUAUCAAGUCCAUAAUCCAUGGAGGAGCAGCUUUUAAGGAUGGGCGUCUACAUAUCAAUGACCAACUGAUUGCUGUCAAUGGUGAACCGCUCUUGGGGAAGUCCAACCAUGAAGCCAUGGAGACCCUGCGGAGAUCCAUGUCCAUGGAGGGGAACCUGAGAGGAAUGAUCCAGUUGGUGGUGCUCCGUGCUUUAGUACAACCUAACCAGGAGUUCCAGGAAGCACGGCGAAUUCUCAAUCGAUCCUUUGAUAGCUGCGUGGGACAGGCAGGGCACCUAGGCCAAUCAGACAACAGCGCUCAGCCCCCCAUGGUGAUGAACAGCAUCUAUGAGCGAUGUGCGGUUUCAAAUGGGGGAUACAGUCACAUGGAGGAGGGGGAUGAUGAAGGCUUCGCCGCUAAUCCUCAUAGACAGGACAGCCUGAAGCUCCAGCAGAGUCUGAGUUCAGGUCUUCAUUCAGCUGACACUUCUUUGACUGACGGAGUUCAGCAUAAUCAUGUGAAGUCUUCUAAGAGCAUGGAUCUGGAGCCGCAGGGGAGAACAAUGACAGACUUCUCCCACCUUUCCUCCCUCAGGAUGGAGGCAGGGAAGAAAAGGAAUAAUGAGAGCGAGAGAGGAGAUUAUAGAGGUGCUGGAGGUGCAGAUGAGAAGAGAGAGAGACGUUGUGAGAGAGGAAAGAGGGUCCACUGGAUGACUGCCUCUGAGGAAUGGAGGAUCACUAAAACAGAAAUGAGACGGCCGCUUUUGCAAGUCAUUUUCUGUACUGGCUUGAUGGGUGCGACGGCUCUAAAAAUUGAACGCUCACCAUGAGAAUUGAACAGUGCAGCACAUUUCCACAGAUUAGCUAAGGAUGACCCUAUUAGCUCGGCUUUUUCCCAUAACACACUGAAUGAGAAAUAUUUCACACUCGUAAAAUGCUGGAUGCAGCAGAAUUUCAAUUACACUUCAUCAGUUUUCCAUAUUUGGUUCUCGCAAAGUAAUGUUUCGAUGCCGGCAGUCGACUAUGCCA